AUGAGCAUUGUAAGAGGCACAUCAGAGGACAUGAAGCAAAGCUGUGGAUCGCUGCAUCCUCUGGAUAAGGCAGCUUUCCCUGAGCCAGAGCCGCUGUGUAUAUUUGGAACCGGGGACCUGGGGCGCUCACUGGGCCUCCGUCUGCUCCAGUCUGGCUACAGAGUAGUGUACGGCAGCAGAAGACCACACAGUUGCAGCCCUUUGCCGCAGGGAGCUGAGGUGAUGACCCAUGCACAAGCAGCCCAAUCUGCUAACCUGAUCUUUAUUUGUGUUCAUCGUGAACACUAUGACUUCAUGAAAACAAUGGAACAUCAUCUUAUAGGGAAGGUGUUGGUGGAUCUCAGUAACAACCUGAAGAAAGACAUUUACCCAGAAGCCAAUGCUGUCUACUUACAGAGGUUGCUCCCCGAAGCUUCUGUGGUGAAAGGUCUUAACACACUGUCUGCUUGGGCCCUGCAGAAUGGACUUUUAGCAGGGAAACAGGUAUACCUGUGUGGAGAAAGUGGAGAAGCAAAGUAUGCAGUAUCACAGAUGGCUACCAAACUGGGCCUCACUGUUCUGGAUAAAGGGUCUCUGUCAGCAGCUAGAGAAUUAGAGGACUUCCCCCUGAAAUUGUUCCCGGAGUGGAGGCUGCCUUUGUCCAUAGCUGUGGGCAUCACAGCCUUCUUCUUCUUCUACCUAUUCAUUAGAGAUGUUAUCUAUGCAUAUGUUGAAGAGAAGACCGAGAUCUCAUACCGAAUUAUGGUGUCUCUGGCCAACAAGGUGUUUCCAAUUGUGGCCCUCAUUAUGUUGUCUCUGUGUUACCUGCCCGGUGUUAUAGCUGCUUUUUUUCAACUCUACAGAGGGACCAAAUACAGGCGUUUCCCUAACUGGCUGGACUGCUGGAUGCUUUGCAGGAAGCAGAUGGGUCUUGUUGCACUCGGCUAUGCUUUUCUGCAUGCCAUCUACACAUUCAUCAUUCCUAUUCGCUAUGCUUUCAGGCACAAAUUCAUCUCGGAGGUGGUGGAUGAGAUAAAGAACAAUAACAUAACCCCAUUCUACUUUGAUAAUACCAAGGCAUGGGGCGCAGAUUCAUUUUUAUCACUGGGAAUCCUGGGAUUUUUUCUUUUUAUCCUGUUAGGACUAACAUCGCUGCCCUCUGUGGGAGGCUCCCUCAGCUGGAGAGAAUUCAGCUUUAUUCAGUCCAAACUGGGACAUCUCACUCUGUUCAUUUGCACAGCUCAUGGCUACAUCUAUGGCUGGAAUAAAUUUCUUCUCCCCUCAAACUACAAAUGGUACACACCUCCAGGCUACAUGCUCUGUCUGAUAGUACCUUCUGUGGUGCUGGUGCUCAAGCUACUUCUUCUCCUUCCCUGCGUGGACCGCACACUUACCCGAAUUCGACAAGGCUGGGAGAGGAGUCAGCCAAAGGAGGAGAUGGUUGAAAUAAAGGCCACAAACCUCUGAACUUUGUUCUUAAAAGGCAGAGUAGAUACAAGUUACUAGGAGUUCCUUUCACUUGUUAAUUCAAACAUCCACAUUUCCCUUCAAAUUACUCAUGAACAGUUUUUGCUAGAAAAUAUUUUCAAUGUGUGCAUAGUUAUAAAUUUUUUGUUGACAAGCAAUAAAUUCUCAGAGCGAGAAGACUAAAGUUAGACAACUAAAGUUAGACAAACAAAAUACAUUACCUUGGCAGGUUGUUUCUUCUCAUUUAUCUUAGCAUUCCUCUUCGGAAAAAAAUGUAAAACAUAUGAAAUAAAAGUAAUCAGUAUCUUCUCUGAAAGUCACACAGAAAUAAGUAGAACUUUCUAGUUUCCACCCUUUUUCUCUAAGAAUUGCAGGUUUAUCCUUGGUGGUAAAUAAAAUAAAUGUUGUUGAAAAGUGCCUCUGAUUAACAUGAAAACAAAGGUAAAAGUAAAGUUAAAAGGGCCAAAUAGUCCCAGAUAAGUACGCCACUGUAUCAGGGCUCCAGAUCCAAGAAUCACUGUGUCUUGAUCCUGUUA